UCACAUAACCCUACUCAAACGGACAAUUUUUUGUCAUUUUCUCAUGCGCUAUACAACUUAGCAAUUAACAAAAGAGGAAUAGCGCAGCAAGUCAUCUGGUUUCUCUCCAGAGUGUAUCAUGCUUUCAAUCACUCGACGAGUUCAAAGAUCACAUCCUUGCCUCCAAUUUAUUGGUGUCCAACUCCGGUUUGCUCAUACCGACGGAAGUUCUUCCCCACCUCGGCGGCGGCGCUCCAAGUUUUCUCCGUCAUCAAUGUUGAAGAAAGCCGAUGACAAGUCAGAUUGGUGGGUUGUCGACGGAGAAAUGCACGAAAUUGGUGAAAACGUACCACCCAGAGAGCGAUUCGUUAUCCCAAGACAGAACAUUCCUAACAAGCGUCGUAAGCAGCUGCGCGAACAGUUCAUGCGCCGUACUCGCCUAGUCCUUAAAGAAUCUGAGCAUGAACCAUGGUGCAAAAGAUAUAUGGAAUUGUAUAACGAGAUGAGAGAGAACUGGGAGAGGCUGUAUUGGGAUGAGGGUUAUUCCAAAAAGCUUGCUCAAGAUCAUGCAAACUAUGAUUCUGCUGAAGACGAUGGUGAGGAUUUCUCUCCAUACAGGAGAAGUAGACCUAAUGCGGACCAAAUGAAGGAACAGGGAGGUACAGGUAGAAACAGGCAAGGUGAUAAUUGGGAAAAGGUUAGCCUAUUCCGAGAUAAAUUUGAGUACGACAGAGAGAGAAGAAUGAGAGAAAAAGCAUUUGCGCCUAUGAGUGAAGCAAACAACAUCGGUACGGAUUACUCAACUCCCAAUUACCAGGCCUUUGACACUCGGAGAUACAUCUCAGAUAGCGAUAGUGACAUUGACCGACUGAAAGGACGCUCACCUUUCAGAAACUAGCCCCAAUUGUCUCUUUUGUUUGCAAGCAAUUUUCACGACACAGAUGAUAACUCACUGUGCAUACAGGCAGGGUAUUUCAACACAUCAAAGACAAAUUUUAUGGGGCUUUCCUGCUUAACUAGUUAGACUUGCAUGAAGAAAGAGACUACCAAUGUUGAAAAUAUACAAUAAAUUCCUACGAAGUCACUUGCGUGAGCUCAAUUCAGAUAUUCAGAAAGAGGUGCUUAGUGCUCUUGUAUAUUUUGGAAGCAGACUUCUCUACUCUGUUUACUUUUCUACUGCGUUACCUGUGGAAGGCUGAUCUUUCCUAAAGCAUGUUUUGCGAAGCAAUGUAGCUUGCGUUUGUGAAGGGAUCAUUGCCACAAUUGAGCAAUAAUGGUUAUGCUGCACACAAAUCUAUUUUGGGGUUUAGCAAAACCUCUUUGAACUUGCUGCUAGUGCUUCAUGUUGGUAGUUCUAUUCAUUGAAGCACCGCACUAUAGUGCUGGUAUAAUAAGUCCAUAUUUUAUAAACGCCCAAUCCACCCAUAUUAACAAGUCAGGGGAGUGAUAUUUGAAAGCAAAAAUUUCAUAAAUAGCGAAGAGAUAAACAUAAUAGGCUUCCUUAGAUAUAGUUUGCCUAAUUACAUAACGUAGCUAUAGCUUCAGUAUCUUCGUAUGUAUAUCUUGUUGGAAUUUGAUAAUUUAUACAAAUUGAUCUUUCAAUAUAAUUUAUGAAAUAGGCGGUAAUUUCGGUUAUUAAA